AUGCUUGAACCUUAUUACAAUACAAAAUUGAGAACAGAACUGGCAUCGGAUAUGGAAUUAGGUAGUGUAGUUUCAUUGAAUGACUAUUAUAAGAAAAUUUUGCUUGGGUUUUUGAGUGGACUUAGCAGUAUAAUUGCCGAUAGUCCAGUUGUGCUCGAUCCUGCUGAUCCAAAUACGUAUAGAGACCUUUUUUCUGCUUUGACUACAAGUGUGGCAAAACGUUCGCAAGAAUUACAACAAGUCACCAGUGAGCAAGAUGUAAAGAAACUAAUUGAUCAAGAUGAGGCCACCACAAAGGAACGAUUAACAAAAAUCGAUCAACAAUUGACACAACUGCACGAAAGUAGAGACUCUUUACAAGCUCGUAUACAAGAUGCUGAUGAACGCCUUUUCAAACAACAACGUCUCACAGCAAUACAACGCAAAGAAUUCGCCAAAGAAAAAGAAACAUAUGCACAACAAUUAGCUACUUAUGAAUGCUCGAUAUUUUUAUUUCAACGUCAACAAGAGGCAAUACUGAUAAGACGAAAAACGAUCAAUUUCAUCAAAAGCAACAAUAAUUUAAUAAUAUUCUAUCGAACGAUAGAGAAUCAUUUGGAGGCUUUGUUUCAUAGUGCUCUAGCAGCGCAAGGUGGUUAUUUGAAAACAGAAGUAACUACGAAAUCCGGUAUAACAGGAACAAUAGUCAAUAUGCUCUCAAUGAAAAUUCCUAUAUUGAAUGUGGCGUCAGCAAGCAUAAAAGCAGUACUUGAUCCUAUGAUAUCCAAACUUAACGAAAAAGAACAAAAGAAAGAAUGGUAUAAUAUUUCAAUUUUGGGCAAUAUCGAAGAACUCAGACGCAUUGCAUCGGACACCGCUGGUCUUGUAACACUUUACUACAGAGAGCAAAUACAGUCUAUUGAUCCAUUCAAAAAGAUCAAGGGUAGUAAUGUAUUCAACGAUAAGAUGUGUUGGUUGAAACAAGCCUAUGAUGUUCGACCAGAAAAUUCUGAAGAAAUAGCUGUUAUCAUGGUUGCUGAAUAUGUUACGGCCUGGAUAAUUGAUGGAAUUAAGACAGGAAAAGAUAAAAUUGUUCCAACUGAACCAUUGCCACAGCAGCUUUGGCUACAUGUAGCCAAAACUGACCCCACUGAUCAGAAAAAAAUAACCAAACUAUCUGAUGUUGUUGGAAUUUCCGCCGGACAACAGAAGAUUCCGUUGAAAGUAAGAAAUAACAUCGGCGAAGAAAUUCUUAAACAAGUACAAUUACGUUAUCUGAUUGGUUGUGUUUCUGUCAUUGGUAAUGACGGUAGUAUAUAUCAAUAUUCUAUACCGAAAAAUUCUUAUGAAGAUGAACUAGACAAUUUGGAACUAUUUGGCUAUGUUUAUGUGACACCAUUUUCACCAGAUGACAAAGCAUUACAAAUGAUUGUCGAUGGACGAAAGUUAGACUUAGCGAAACGAGAUAAACAUGGAAAUAUUCUAACGAGAUUCGAAGAUAUUAUUGAAUAUGCACAAACUUAUAUAAGUCAACAUGAUCAGUAUUUUAACAAGUCAUUGCUCACAAGAGAAACAGCUAAUCAAAUAGCUGAAGUCCUUCGAGAACAAAAGAUCUUUCUCGAUUCAAAUGGUGUGAAAGAGGAAUUGAGAAGAGCACGAGAAACAAUUGAACUAAGUGUCGAUGUUUUACGAGAAGAAAUUCAACAAAAAGCAAACUUUUAUCAAACAUCGAUCGAUGCUGCUCAUGAGCAAAUAAAGCAAGAAUCGGAAGCAAAUCGAGAAACAAUGAAAAGAGAUAAUGAAACACAUUAUUUUCAAGUAUGGAACAAGUUAAACGAACAAUAUAAAGACACUGAAAAGCGUUUAGAACAAUUCAUCGAGAAAUUGAUGACCAAAAUUGAAAAAGAGAUACAAGUAAAAACUCAAGAAAUGCUGAGAAUCGCUGAAUCAGCUAAGACUCAAUCAAUACAAGCAGUUGCACAAGCUAAUCAAGCAACUGAAGCUAGUCUAAAAUCGGCACAACAAGCAGCAGAAGCUGCAGUCUCUGUUCAAAAGGUUGUACAAUGGGCGGAACAAAGAAGUCAAGAAUUCGAAUCAGCACUCAAAAAGAUUGAGCGUGACUUUCAAAGUGCACAAGAAGCAGUUAAUGAAUCUGCUGCAAAUGCUAAAGAAUCAGUACGAAUUGCUCGAGAAUUAAUAUCAACCACAAAAGAUGUACAAAAUUUGACGAAAAACCAACUGGAGAUUCAGAAGAAAGAAGCGCAAAAGACUAUGGCAGAAGCGAAGGAGGCACGACAACAAAGUGAAAGAGCAGCAGCUGAUGCUAGAGAAGCGGAGAAACAGGCCAAGCGAGCGACAGAUGCCAGUAUAGCAGCACUUAACGAAGUGAAUAGCAUAUACGAAAGAGUACGAAGAGCACUCGAAAAAAUAGAAAAGUAA